ACCGUAUAACAGAUGGCGGUGAACGAAUCAAGUAGGCGUCAGUUCGCUCUUGUCUUUCAGCACGAGAAGUCGUGUUUCGCGUAGUACAUCCUACUGUUAAAGCAUUUUUUUCAGAGAGAAAGUAAUUCGCUCGUUACAUUCCUUUGCAAACUUGGAUUUAUCGUUAAUAGGAAAAAAAAAAGUCAACGAUGCCACCGAUUGAUAACUCUCGGGUCACGCUACUGUAAUAACUUGUACUUGAGUAAUUUUAUUAUCGUGUGUUGAGAGACACGAGUAACAUCAACGUGACGUCACGUGACCGUGAUCGGCUUGCAAUAAUCAUGGCGACGUUAACACUGCUCGCUAGGCUUGUGUCAUUUCGCUCUGCGCACGCCAAAUUGCUCGAGUUUCCAUGGUCCAGGUGUAACGCGUUUCCCUAUGGUAAAACUGCGAUGGCCUGCGUAUGCUCUGAUCAGAAAUUUAUGUACGAUCUGCUAGUCAUUGGUGGUGGAUCUGGUGGUUUAGCAGCAGCUAAAGAAGCAGUAAGUCUAGGUGCAAAAGUUGCUGUUUUUGAUUAUGUCACACCAUCUCCACGAGGUACUACUUGGGGUUUGGGUGGCACUUGUGUAAAUGUUGGUUGUAUACCAAAGAAAUUGAUGCAUCAAGCUGCAUUGCUUGGAGAAGCUAUUCAUGAAUCAACAUUCUACGGUUGGCAACUACCAGACCCAAAAACUAUUCAACACAAUUGGGAGGCACUAAGGACUGCUGUACAAAAUCACGUAAAAUCUGUAAAUUGGACUACGCGUGUUGAUCUUAGAACAAAGGAAGUCGAAUACAUCAACGCGCAAGCGUAUUUCAAAGAUGAACACACGCUUUGUGGGAAAAAGAAGAAUGGGGAAGAAAAACUGUAUACAGCCCGGAAUAUUUUGAUUGCUGUGGGUGGUAGGCCAAAAUACCCUGACAUUCCUGGCGCUUUAGAAUAUGCUAUAACCAGCGACGACAUUUUUAGUUUGGAGAAAGCGCCAGGAAAAACCCUUGUUGUUGGUGCAGGAUACAUUGGUUUAGAGUGUGCUGGAUUUUUGAAUGGUUUAGGCUUUGAUGCAACGAUAAUGGUUCGUUCGAUCAUUUUGCGAGGAUUUGAUCAGCAAAUGGCAAACAUUGUUGCUCAAGAAAUGGAAAGACGUGGUGUACAUUUCAUUUAUCAAGCUAAGCCAGCGAAAAUAGAGAAGCAAAGCGAUGGUCGACUUCUAGUACAUUGGGUGAAUAAAGACGGACAAGUUCAUAAAGAUGUUUAUGAUACUGUUCUCUUUGCUAUCGGUCGCAAAGCGCUCACGGAAGAACUGAAGCCUGAGAAUGCCGGUCUCAAGCUUGUUCCAGACACUGGAAAGAUUGAUGCGGUAGACGAACAAACAAAUGUUCCUAACAUAUACGCCGUCGGGGAUGUGCUUCAUAAAAAACCGGAGUUAACACCUGUUGCUAUACACGCUGGUCGAUUGUUAGCAAGAAGGUUAUUUGGAAACUCGACGCAACAAAUGGAUUACAUUAACGUAGCAACGACAGUAUUCAGUCCGUUAGAAUACAGCUGCGUCGGUCUCAGCGAGGAGGCUGCAAUUGCUAUUCACGGAGAGGAAAAGAUAGAAGUUUACCAUAUGUAUUAUAAACCAACGGAAUUCUUCAUCCCCCAGAAGGACGUUACUAAUUGUUAUCUGAAAGUUGUGGCUUUUAGAGGCGGCGAUGAAAAAAUCCUCGGGAUGCAUUUCGUUGGUCCACAUGCGGGUGAAGUUAUCCAAGGUUUCUCUGCGGCUAUGAAAUGUAACUUGACAUUCCCAAAACUAAAAGACACAGUUGGCAUCCACCCAACCAUUGCCGAGGAGUUCACACGCGUGUCCAUAACCAAACGUUCCGGGCUUGAUCCUAAGCCACAGAGUUGUUGCAGUUAAAGCACACGUAGUUUUACACUCGUUACAUUGCUGAUAUCUGUGAAUAUUUUCAAGUGCGACCGACACUAAACGUUUUCACGUGCUUGUGCGUCGACCUUCGUCUCGGGACUUAUUUACCGAUAGGGGCUUUAAACCGAAAAUAUUUUUUUACUAACUGCAAAUAGGAGAAUUUUUAAGAUAUUACAGUAUUUUGAACAAUAAACCAUAAAUCAAUGUACGACAUGUCUCGUCGUACAAGAUAUUUGCUUCCUUUGAAGCACGUAUUGUUGACAUGACUCUGAUUUGCAUGUUGUACUUAUAGCGAUUUUUAUAAAUAUCAUUUUUUCAGGUAUAAUAUAUUAUGUAUACAUUCAAUUGGAAAUAAAUAACUGAAAAUGUU